GAUGCUCUGGGCUUUUCUGGUGUGUUCAAUAUGCUGCUAUUAAGUGGAACAUGAGAGGUUUAGAGGAUAUGAGGUCAACUCUCUGAAAAGCGCGUCAGUUGCUGUCUGUUACUUGAUACUCUGUGUGAUCUUAUGGUCAAGACUUGAAAACAGUUGUUUAAACAUACCCAUGAAAGCUCCGUGCAUUUAUAUAUAUAUAUAUUUCUAAUUUACUACAAUAGUGCUAUCCUUUAAACCUUUCGAAUAAAACAACAUUCUAUUAUUUGAUGCAGAAAAAUGUAUUACUUUGGGAUAAUUAUAGGGUGGGAUGGAUGCAAGUGUUCAGGUGAAUACAGAUUCCACUGUAUUGGUGUGACAAUGGUUUAAUAUAGCAACCCUUGUCAAUGAGAUUUCUAGGUAGAGACCAGAAAACUUUGGAAGUAAGAUUUGGUGACUGCAAGUCACUGGCGAUAAGAACGAUAAAGUAGGGCUUUAUAGGGAGUUUUAGAUUGCUAGAUUGUGAUGGCUGCAAGAUGUGUAGGGAUGGUGGGAAAGGGAAAUGAGAGCGCGUGGUGUCAGAAAAUCCAAGGUUGGGCUCAGGAAAUUGAGGCUUUAGUAAGGGUGUCAUCGGUUAUGGGGAGAAGGCAGGAGAAUGGGGUUGAGAGGGAAAGACAGGUCAGCCACAAUUGAAUGGCGGCAUAGACGGGAUGGGCCGAAUGGAUUAAUUUGCUCCUAGAACUCAUGAAGAUUUGAGGAAGCUGCUUCUAGUAUUGAAAUGCCAUUGAAGAGAGUUGAGGAUAAAGAGGAUUUUUUUUUUUUGUGUCUAACAUUCAUGAAUUGCUGACACUAAUGACCUAUUUAAACUCCAGCAUUUAAAAUUAAACAUGCCUUAAAUUAUAUAUGGAGACAAGAAUUAUCCUCUUAAUAUUGCUUACUGCCACACUUUGCAGCCAACGUCUUUUUUCCACUGGGGUCAAUUUAUAGAUCUAAAGUAUAUUCAUCUUUUGAUCAUGUUUACUUGACUUUUGAAACAAUGUUUUCUUGCUUAUCCCACAGUUAUGAGUAUGAAAAGUAUUUUAAUGACAUCACUGCCUGACACUUUGACACAUUUCAUUCUUGUGUCAAUCGCCACAAUUUUCUUUUAGCUUUACUUGUCUGAAAAAAAUCUCUUGAAGGCCGGUUUGAGCGCAGACAGAUGCUUAAACCCAUCACACAACUAGUUGGUAUGUAAUGGGUAAAAAUAGUCAAACGGACAGAAGUUCUUAACCGUCCUUUUGUCUGGUCUGACAAGGGGAGUAAAAGGCGAUAAGAGAGCUUGGCAGACUUAAGAGUCUUGGGCUCACUCCAGUUUAUGAGUGAUUACAGUGUAUAUGGAACUGAGGACACAAAGUAAUACUCCAAAGAUUAUCAGAAUGCAGAGAUCACAAACUGAAGAACCAGAAAAGAAAACCAGCAAGCAUCAAGUUUAUGCAGAGUUGCAUCGGAGUGAAAGUGUGCAGGAGAAGCAAGCGAAGGAGGCCAGGACAAAAUGCAAGACCAUCGCAUCUCUCCUCACCUCUGCACCAAAUCCUCACUCAAAGGGGGUUCUUAUGUUUAAGAAGCGCCGUCAAAGGGCAAAGAAGUACACCCUCGUUAGUUAUGGAAGUGUAGACGAGGAGAAGCAGAGUAUGGACGAGGACGGGGAACUGCCGCCUACCAGUGAGUCUGAAUUUGACGAAGAUGCGUUUUCUGAUGCAAAAAGUUUGACAAAUCAGUCAAUGGGAUCAGACUGGGACAGUUCUUACCUGGACAUUGAAAAGCCCAAAUCUGAGCCCCAUGGUCUAACUGAAACCAAAGGGAAGGGUGUUAUAUUAUUUGAACAUCAGAGACAACGAGCAAAGGACUAUGUAUUGGAGGAACCUCCAAUUCAGACACAACACAAUCUACCAAUGAAAGCCAAGCCAGAGGCUGAAGUGAUGAGGUGCAGCGCAAUGAAUGGAGUCCCUGCCUGGUCCAGGAGUACGACUGUGUGUGCUGGGAAUCCAGCCUCGGACGCAUUGAACUACUGCACAGAAAUGAAUCUGCUGCCAAUAGUACGUGCAGAGACCAGUUACCCAAGGCCCAGUGAGCAGCACCAUUCACAGCACAUCGUACAAGGUCCCCCUGGCCUACCUGGGGUGGCAAAUUGGACAGCAAGACCAUUUACUCCAGGGUGUCAACAGAGCCAUGUGAGUCCUGUACACUCUGUCUGUGCUCCAGUGCUGUAUCGGCAAGGUGCAACAAAUACAGCUCCUGUCAAACCCUGGGAACAAGCUGCUGUGCAAAACAAACCAACAAAACCUUUCUCACCUCCAGCAGCGGUAGUCUCCAGGCCAACUGUGAAUGCCAUCCCUCAACCUGAACCAAUGAAAGUUUCAGUGCCAAUGAGAAUGGGAACACAUUAUUUGCCAGCAGCUGUUUUAAUAUCAGCACCACCACCACCACCACCACCUGCUGUGAUGCCACAUCCACUUCUUGUGAUGUCACCACCACCUGCUGUGAUGUCACCUCCACCUGCUGUGAUGUCACCUCCACCUGCUGUGAUGUCACCUCCACCUGCUGUGAUGUCACCUCCACCUGCUGUGAUGUCACCUCCACCUGCUGUGAUAUCAGCUCCACCUCUUGUGAUGUCACCACCACCUGCUGUGAUGUCACCACCAUCUGCUGUGAUGUCACCACCACCUGCUGUGAUGUCACCACCUCCUGCUGUGAUGUCACCACCACCUCCUGUGAUGUCACCACCUCCUGUGACGUCGCCUCCACCUUCUGUGAUGUCACCACCUGCUGUGAUGUCACCUCCACCUGCUGUGAUGUCAUCACCAACCACAGUCAUGUUACCAUCGUCUACAUCGAUGACAACAGAAUGCACAGCAAUGCCAACAACGGCCGCGGUGAACUCGCCAAAGCCGGCGGUGAUGGUGUCAUCAAUCAUAGCGAUGUCACCACCAUGCGCAGCAAGGUCAGCAGAUUGUACCAUGACAUCACCACCAGCUGCAGUGAUGUCACCACCACCGGCAAUGAUGUCGCCACCACCUGCAGUGAUGUCACCACCACCAUUGAUGACGUCACUAUUCACAGCAACUCCAUAUUCGCCACCUCAGGCUCCGGUCACCAGCACCGCUACCUUUCGCGUUUCCUCAACACUGCUGCCACAGAAAAGGAGCGAAGUCCCUCCUGAAGCCGUAGUGAACGCCCCUUCCAUUGCGAGCACAUCAUCAACAGCUUGGACAUCCAACCAGCCAUCUGAGAGCUUGGCCACAAGAGAGCAACGAAUUUCAGUGCCCGCUUCUAAAACUGGCAUCUUGCAAGAGGCACGUCGCAGAAGCACCAGGAAGCCGAUGUUUACAAAGACUGAACAGAAAAAAACCUCACCAAACCCUGAACUUCUUUCCAUGGUACAAAAUCUGGAUGAAAAGAAGCCAGAUCAUAUUGGAGCAGGAUUUGAAUCAGGACCUGAAGAAGACUUUUUGAGUCUUGGUGCCGAAGCUUCUAACUUUAUGCAGUCUCAGGCACGCAGGCAAAGUAUACCUCCUCCUGUAGCCCCAAAGCCUCAUUUAAAGCCUCAGUUAGUUGGCAGUUGUUAUCCAGUGGUGAAUGGAACCUAUACACCAGCAACCCUGCAGUCGAAAGGAAAAGGAGCAGAACUUUUUGCAAGGAGACAAAGUCGCAUGGACAAAUUUAUUGUUGAUUCAGUGCCAACCCACUCUUCCCAGCCAAGAGGACCAUCUCCCACUCCUUCCCUCCCUGCUACGUGGAAAUAUUCUCCCAACAUCCGGGCUCCGCCACCAAUUGGUUAUAACCCCAUUCAUUCCCCAUCAUAUCCAUUAGCAGCCAGCAAGUCCCAAACAAUCCCCAAAGCAGAGAAGAAGUGGAGGCCAGGAGGGAACCAAAAGGUUGGAAUAAAAGCCAUUGAUUUCAUGAGACGUCAGCCUUAUCAAUUAAAUCCGGCCAUGUUCAGUUUCGAUGAAUCCGCCGUGAGAUCACAAGGGUGGUCAGGAUGUGCUCCAACCACGCCACAAGGCCAACAAUCCUUUAUCUCCACAAAGCAGGUCCCUGUGAAGACAGCAAGAGCGUUCGAGAUCAGACGCUUCUCAACCCCAGUGCCGAUUAUCACUACCACAGUUAUUGCCCCGCGGUCAGCCACCACACUCGCUGAACCCGUGUGGAUGUCGGCGCCAAACUCCCCCCCACCGGUAUCAGCCAAAGUAUCUUACAGCAAUGGGCUGGCUCACCAACACUGGAGAGCAGCUGGAGACAGUUCGGAAGUGGCCUUUGAACCAUCAGUUCUUCAAUUCCCGUCCAGGGAAGAUAUGCAAAAGAAGCCAUCGGUUCCCACCCCUAGACCGAGGUUCUCAGCUGUGAGAGGUGGAGGCUGUGGUCAUACAUGGAGACCUGGGUCAAUCCAGGAAUGAAAGAAUGUUUGUGCAUUCUUGAUUCUGAGUGGAUAGGUGAAGAUUUUCCAACAGAAAGAGGACCCUGAUCCUGAAAGAAAAGGAAGAUUUACAUUUAUAUAAUCACUUCUCUGGACCUCAUGACACCCCAAAUUAUUUGACAGUUUUGAUGUGCGUCCCAGUGUAGGAAGUACCGCUGCCAACCUUUGUGCACAGCAAGCUCCCAUGAGUAGCAAUAUGAUGGUCACCAGAUUAUCUGGUUUUAGGUUUUAGUUGCGGGGUAGAUUAUUAGCCAGGGUGCCCAGGUUUUCCCCCCAUGUUUUUUUUUUGUUUCAAAUUGGCACCGUGCCCUCUUGAACAUUCAUCCAAGUGGGGCAAAUGAGGUGGUCUCUGUAGGACCCCUGGUAGCGCAGAGCUGUUUCAGUCCUGCACUGGCUUCUGUUGACAUGCAGUCAAGUCUCUGAGAGGGACAAAGACUCACGCAUUCAAGAACGCUGCCACUAACAUCUAAAGAACUGCCAUUCUAAAUCUAACCGAUUUUUCAUAGAGCUCUAUAAUAAGGAUUUACGACCAUAUAAUGUUUAAAAUUUAAUAGUUUUUUUUUUUUGCAUUAACUGCAAGAAUAGACCUCGUUAUAUACAAAAAAUACAGCGGAGAUGGAGAUGGGGGUCAUCUUGAGGUCUCUCUAUGCAUUGCAAUUCUUUAUUAGAACCUGUCAGAGUUUUGAUUGAUAAAACACAGUGGGUCACAGAAUGAAAUAUCUUUCUUCCCAGAAUAUCUCCAUUCUGCAAUUAGCUGAAUUUGUACCGUGUAGUGUGACAUUGAUAUAUUUAUGAAAUAUUCUUUUUCAGUACACAUGGAAUUCCAUUUUUUACUGUGUGAUAAGCAAUACAUACAUAUUAAAUGUUUCAGCCGAACAAGCAGAAAUUCCCAGAGCAAUGGAAAAGGAUUUCAAGAGUGAAUGUUUUCAGAGGAAUAUAUGGAUUUGGUUAAGUUCCUGGUGGUGGUGCCUUGCGCGAGUUAUGAAUGAUCACACCAACAAUCGCAGGCACGUGACAAUAGAAUUUGAUUGUUAUUACUGUUCUGCAGCAGACUGUGAUUAUGAUGACAUUUUGGGAGGUAAAGAUAAACAUCGGGAGAUUCUCAAGGAAAAUCCAACACAAAAUGGUUUCUCAGUCAAAUGCUGUAUCUGCAAUUGAUGAAACAGAACCAACUCCGGCGCAGUUGAUUGUCAGUUUAGACUUGUUUCCAAAUUAAUCUUCCAUUUAUAUAAAGGGUGACUGAGUUGUCAAUGAUCUGGCACCAUCCUCUCAAGUGGAGUUGAGUUUUAAUUCAUCAAUUGUGUAAUACCAGUUAGCUCUUCAGGAUAGGUGCAAUGUCCAUCCACUCCACUACACGGACAAAUUUCCCAUUGUUGCCACCUUUAGAUAUUGUUUAAUUGUCCAACUGGAAUGAAGACGUCGUCACCUGAGCACACACCGAGCUGAUCAAUCAUGUGCCGUGCUUCAGAUGUAAACACCACUCUAUCAAAGGACAAAAAUUGCUCCGAUAAACUGCUCUGACACAUUUCAGUGGGAAAAUACAAAUUGUAUUAUUUAUUCAAAUCACGCAAUUUGUUCCUAAGUCAUACCCGGGCAGAGCCAAAAUACCAACCGUAGAUCUUAUUAUUGAUAACAACGUACUCUUAAUGAUAAAGCUAAUUUUUGGAUGCCAGAGUGCAAAAUGUGCAGUGCUAUUCUUAAACAAGUGAUAUAAAACUGACUGUAUAUGUUGCUAAACAAUUAAGAUGAAUGAAGACUGUGGUUACGUUGUGAUGAUAUGAAGUAGCUAUGGUCAGAAAUUAUGGAAUCGAUUGGAAAUGCAAGGAAGAUUGGAUCAGAUGGGACAUGGGUGAUCUUGGUUUCUGUAUGUAGAGAUGGGAAGCAGAGUAAAUGGAACUGGGGAUUAGUUCAAUGAUUUGAGCUGGUUUAAGGUGUAAUGUUCGAUAAUGCAAGGGUUAAUAAUUUGCAAAGAUUAAUAAUUUGUAAAUGUUUUCUUCAUGCUAUGGGUUUUGCCCAACCACUGAGACUUAACACAUAUUGGAGUUCAGUAGUGAAAAUCUUCACUUUUUGCAAUUUCACACAAAACUGAUAAGUGCCUUGAUUAUUAGCAUUGCCAAACUGAAGAGUUUAAUAUCAGUUUUGGCUUGCAAAGCUACUGUGAUUUGAAAGCUGUAAAUCUCACCUGCUUUACUGUAAUUCUCCAUCAUCACUAAUUUGCAUUUAGCUUUGAAGAAAAUGGGCUCAGGAGAUUGACGGUAACUUGUGUUCUUGUUCGAUUGCUCUCUUCAUGUGUCCUAGUGAGACUCUACACAACACAUUCAGCAAUGGAUAAAUACCAAAUCAUUCAAUAAUUACCCGGAAAUCAAAGGGAAAAAAAUAUUGGAUCUGGAAAUAUGAAAUAAAAACAAAAACUGCUUGAAAUGCUCAUUGCCAUUAAUUCUGUUCCUCAUCACAAAUAAACAAUAACUCUGGAUCAGGCUUUCGAGAUGAAGUUCCAUUGCCAAGCUGUUGACCUUAAAUAGUUAAUUGUUUUUCCCCAGAUAAGCUGCCAGGCUGACUGAGCAUUCCCAGCACCUUUUGUCUUUAAUUCUCAGUCAUUUCCAGACAAAGGCUCCUUUACAGGGUCUGAGUGCUUUGUUAGGAAUGUCUUUGGAGUGACAGAUUUUCCAUAAACGAAUAACAUGCAUAUCCCCUUAUAGGUUUUAGAGCACUUUGGCUAUUGUAAGUGAAGCAACACAGCUCUGCACUUUACGAAAACCAAUAGAUGUGUCUUAUUCAUUAGAUGUUUAGUCUUACUUUGUGCAAAUUAUAUGCAUUUCUUGCAGUCUUAAUGUUCAAACUGUGCUAUGUAUGCUGAUGUAAAAUAAUAAAAUGUGAAUAAUUGAUACAUUU